CGUAUGGUGUAACAGAAGUGUGAGAGAGACAGAGAGAAAAGAGACACAGAAAGAAGGAGAAAUGGGGAAGAGAUGGUGGACGAUAGGAUUGGUGGUGGGGAUAAUUGGGAUUGGAAGGGAAUUGACAAAGCUGUACGGAUGGGACAAGGACGCUCUGCUGAAGGUGUUUGGUGAAUUGUCUGAUCGGCUGGGAGUAUGGGCCAUCCCGUUGUACGUGGCGAUCCACACCCUCACUCUCGCUCUCUGCUUGCCCUACGCCAUUUUCUUCGAGGCCGCCGCUUCUCUUCUCUUCGGCUUCUUUCCGGCUGUCCUCUGCGUCUUUGCCGCCAAGCUGCUCGGUGCUUCCCUCUCCUUUUGGAUUGGCAGGUUAAUAUUCAAGAGCUCAAGUUCAGCAAUGGAGUGGGUCCAGAGGAAUAGGUACUUCGCUGUCCUCUCCAGAGGAGUUGAGCGAGAUGGUUGGAGAUUUGUUCUACUUGCCCGCUUCUCGCCAAUGCCCUCCUAUAUCAUAAAUUAUGCCCUUGCUGCAACAAGAGUUCGGUUUGUUGUGGAUUUUCUGCUUCCAACAGUUAUUGGCUGCAUGCCUAUGAUUUUACAGAACACAUCGAUUGGCAGUUUGGCUGGUGCUGCUGUUUCUUCAGCAUCUGGCUCUCAGAAAUCUCAAAUUUGGUCAUAUCUUUUUCCUGUACUAGGAAUUGGCUCUAGCAUUCUUAUUUCCUUGAGAAUUAAGAAGUACUCUACUGAAAAUUUAGUGACUGAAUCCCCUACCAGUGAGGAUAUUAAUGAUUCUAGUAACAUUGCCGAUUCUAACAAGGAGGACCCGAAAAAGGGUCAAUAAUAGAUUUGUUAACCCAAAAACUCCAAAGAAUGGUGGUGUCUUCUCCAAUUGAUGGAAUUUUUGCAGUUGAGACUCCUUGUUAUAUACAAUCUUUGUUGUUGUUGAA